UAGAUCUACUACUACUACAGUCUACUAGAUCUAGAUUGACUAGAUCUAGACAAGAUAUUUAGUAUUUAGAUAAUAUUUAAUAAUAUAAAUAUAAUAAAUAAGUCUAAUAACUUUAAUUACUAAAUUAGAGUUUUUUGAAGAGACUUCAAGAGAGCACUCACUGCCAGGAUCUAAUUUUCACUAAUUAAAAUCAACAAUGAUGACUGACUCAACAGAAGCAAAAUCUAAUCCAAGUAAUGUUACGAAAAGACUCCAGAAAGAACUGAGGACAUUAAUGAUUUCAGGGAGCCCAGGUAUAUCAGCUUUUCCUGAAGGUGACAACAUGUUCAAAUGGGUUGGUACCAUAGAAGGGGCUAAAGGAACUGUCUAUGAAGGUCUCUCCUACAAACUUUCUCUGACCUUUCCUUCUCAGUACCCUAUUGAGGCUGUCAAAGUAAGGUUUGAGACACCUUGCUAUCACCCCAAUGUAGACACACAUGGUAACAUUUGUCUUGAUAUUUUAAAAGAAAAGUGGUCAGCGCUUUACGAUGUGCGUACUGUGCUGUUGUCUAUACAGAGUCUUUUAGGAGAACCCAAUAUAGAUAGUCCCCUUAACACUAAUGCUGCUGAUUUAUGGAAAGAUCAAGUAUUGUAUAAAAAGGUCCUCCUAGAAAAAUAUAACAAGGAUGUCAAGAAAACAAACCACUGUACAGAAGAAUCCAACAAACUUUCAUGAUAUUAAUAAGCAGCUCUUUGUCCAAAAUAUAUUAUUUCUAGCACAAACUUCUCA